UUUCUGAGUGGCACUCACCAGCUUUCUGCAGAAAUGGCCCCAGUGCUUCGUGCUCAUCUGCCAUCCAUAGUGACUCUGGUUCUGCUGCUGUCCAUGCUCAGUUUGGCUGCUGCUGGGAAGCUGCUGGUGGUGCCAGUGGAUGGGAGUCAUUGGCUCAGCAUGCGGGAAGUGUUGGACAGGCUCAGCCAGAAGGGACAUGAAGUAGUUGUCGUUGCACCGGAAACCACCUUACAUAUAAAACCAUCAAAGAAUUUCAUUAUGAAAAGGCACCCAGUCCCUUUCACACAGGAAGAGAUGGAUCUAAAUUUCCAGGCAUUUUUAAAUGUUCCAUUUGAAGAAGGAUCUUUUUUGGAAAGAUUUAUUAAAGUAUACAAAGGUAUGAAAGAACUCUCCGUCAUGGCGAUCGCAACCUGUAGACACUUGCUGUACAACAAGGAGCUUGUCAGGUAUCUUGAGGAAAGCAAGUUUGACGCUCUCUUUACGGACCCCGUAGUGCCCUGUGGGCAGAUACUGGCAGAGCAUCUUUCAAUUCCUUCUGUGUUUUUUUUACGAGGAGUGCCAUGCGGUUUAGAUUUGAAAUCCACCCAAUGCCCUAAUCCCAUUUCUUAUGUCCCCAGGGCAUUUACAGAGUACACAGACCACAUGAACUUUCCCCAGCGGGUGAAGAAUCUGCUUUUUGAACUCACAAAUUAUUUUCUCUGUGAUUUUGCCUUUCAACCUUUCACAGAACUGGCUUCUGAGUUCCUCCAUCGGGAUGUGACUGUGCCAGAACUCUUAAGCCAGGGUUCCAUUUGGCUCAUGAGGUUAGAUUUUGUGUUAGAUUAUCCAAGACCUUUGAUGCCCAACAUGAUUUUUAUUGGAGGAGUACACUGUGCUCACAAGAAACUACCCCAGGCAACUAUACCUGCAUACUUAGAAAGCAUGUUCAGUUGA